UUGCCAGUCUUUGUACAGUGCUGCCAGGGUGAAACAUAUUCUGCGUUGUCUUUUCUGCGGCUGAAUUAAAAACUUCAGGACUGAUAAUGCAUUUCUCUUUCGCACAUUAUGAACAGGAGUUGAAUUCUUUUAAAUGUUCAUAAGCCUCAGUAAAAUUUCUAAUCCUGGGACAGAACAUGAGCUUUAGGUACUAGAGCUGGAAAGGUAAAUGAUACCUUUCAUACAUACUAAGCAGCAGAAGGGGCUUGAGUAAUGGCUGCUCAAGGUCCUUAUUCUUACCCUGCAUAUGGACCCACAGCACCUCCAUAUCUUCCAGUCCAUCGUCCACAUGACCCAUACCCACCACCUCUGAAUCAGUAUGGUGUUCCUCCAGCUGGCUCUGUUGGCCCUUUUGUACCUCAGCCAGGUUAUGCUGUCUAUCCUCCAUCCAGUGCACCUAUGCUAACUCAUCAAGCAGGUGGACCAUCUCAGCCUCAAGUGCAGUGGAUGCAAACCCCAGCUCCUAUUCCUAAUUGUCCACCUGGAUUAGAGUACCUUACAACGAUUGACCAAAUACUUGUUCAUCAAGUUGUCGAACUUGUUGAAGCUUUAACAGGAUUUGAGACCAAAAACAAGUAUGAGCUAAAGAAUAGUUUGGGCCAGAGAAUUUACUAUGCAGUUGAAGACAGUGAAUUCUGUAACCGAAUAUGUUGUGGGUCUAAUCGAGCAUUUAUCAUAAAGAUUUUGGAUAAUGUUGGGCACACCGUCAUGCACCUUGUUCGUCCUUUGGGAUGUGGAUCAUGUUGCUGUCCUUGUUGUCUCCACCAGAUGGAAGUUCAGGCACCACCUGGAAAGGCUAUUGGUUACGUUGUACAGGAAUGGCAUCCCUUUAUACCUAAAUUCAGCAUCCAGAAUGAAAAACAUGACACAGUAUUGAAAGUGAAAGGUCCCUGUUUGGCAUUCAGUUGUCUGGGAGAUGUAAACUUUGAUGUUGUAAGUCUGGAUGAAACCAGUGUUGUUGGAAGGAUAUCAAAGCAGUGGUCAGGUCUUAUUCGAGAAUACCUCACUGAUACUGAUAACUUUGGAAUUCAGUUUCCGAUGGAUUUAGAUGUUAAGAUUAAAGCUGUCCUUCUUGGAGCAUGCUUACUGGUGGAUUUCAUGUACUUUGAGCAAAAUUCUGGAGGUGUGCAACAUGGUGGGGCUUGGCGGAUGCUUUAGUGACAAAAUUGCACAACUUUGUCAGAAGCAUGAUGAUGUUUCAUGAAGUGCAAAGACAUAAACUGGACAACAUGACAGAUAUCCAAUAAUGUGCCUAACAUAAUUUCAACUUGGAAUUAAUAGAAUCAGAAGUAAUUCAUCAGAAUUCUUUGAGCUGUUUAUUUACACUGUCAUAAUGGUUUCAUUUAUUAUUUUGAAAAUCCAAAAAACUUCAUUUAUUUUUAACAUUUAUUUAAUAUCACUAAAGUUGUUGGUUUACCAGUAUAUCUGGUAUUGUCUGUUGAAGUAUCGAAUAUCGAUAUUGUUAUCAUAUUAAACUGGAAUAAUAAGUUGGGAAUUUCCUUGGAACUGUGCUGAUGCUGCCACUGUAACUUCACCAGAAGUGCUAAGGAGAAUCCAUGUACACGUCAGUGGGAUUUCUGACAGACAAGGCAGGGCUAACGAGGAAGAAUGUUUUUUGAGAGUGCUGAUGACUUGGAACUCCUACUACCAGGGUGGUGGAGGGAGAGGUCUUAACAAAAAAUACAAGAAAAGUGGGUAUGUGUUUGAAUGAAAUAAAUUUUCAGUAUUACAGUGAUAGAGUGGGGAGUGGCACUAGCUGAUGUGCUUUUGGAAAGUUUGGAUGGACUUGAUGGGGUAGAUGGCCUGCAUGUGUGCCACAUUGAUUUUAUGACUUUCAAGUCACGGCAAUGGAAUAGGACUGUUUCAAAGGUAAUUGCCAUUUGUUCUGCCCAACACUGAUACUGCAUUGUAGCCCUCAGUGUGUAAUCAAUGUUAGAAAAUAGUGUCUAUGUUUUUCAGAUGUUACUAUCGUUGUUACAAAUUUUUAGCAAAGAUUUAAAUUUUAAUAAUACACUAUAUAAGAAACAUUUUUGUUUUUGAAACACAUAAUCCCAUGUAAUAAAAAAUGAUUGCAAGAAAUGCCAUACAUUUGAACUGUAUACUUACAUUUUGAGAAAUCUAUUUGGUAACAAUGAAAUUUCUAAUUGUUACAAUUUCGGUUAUUGUUUAGGAGAUGAGUUAUAAUUUUUGAGGAAGGAAGAUGAUUUAAUUGUCCAAUAUUUAUCCACGUGGCCGACACAGGGACAAAUGUCAUGGCAUGAGGAAAAUGCUUUAUAUUUAACCAUUUUUAAUACAAUCAGGAAAAGAGAAGUAGGGAAAAUGUAAAAAGGUUUCAGAGUGAUUGUGAAAUGGAUAUAAUUUAAAGUUAGUGAGUUACAAUUGUCAUUCACAGGCUGUAGUACUAAAACUACAAUCA